UAAUUUGUAAUACUUCCACAGAGAGGAUUCAAUGAUGGAGUACCUGAAGAUCGCCCAGGACCUGGAGAUGUACGGUGUCAACUACUUCAGCAUCAAGAACAAGAAAGGAUCAGAGCUGUGGUUAGGAGUGGACGCCCUGGGACUCAACAUUUACGAACAGAAUGAUAAGAUGACGCCUAAAAUUGGAUUCCCAUGGAGUGAAAUCAGGAAUAUUUCCUUCAACGACAAGAAGUUUGUCAUCAAACCCAUUGACAAAAAAGCACCAGACUUUGUAUUCUAUGCUCCACGACUGCGUAUCAACAAGCGCAUCCUGGCACUUUGCAUGGGCAACCAUGAGCUGUAUAUGCGUCGCCGCAAACCAGACACCAUCGAGGUACAGCAGAUGAAGGCCCAGGCCAGAGAGGAGAAGAACCACAAGAAGAUGGAGAGGGCACUGCUGGAGAAUGAAAAGAAGAAGAGAGAACUUGCUGAAAAUGAAAAGGAAAAGAUUGAAAAGGAGAAGGAGGAGCUUAUGGAGAGACUGAAACAGAUUGAGGAACAGACAAAAAAAGCUCAGCAAGAGUUGGAGGAGCAGACACGGAGGGCCCUGGAGUUGGAGCAGGAGAGGAAGGGUGCUCAGGAGGAGGCGGAGCGUCUGGAGAAGGAACGCAGGAUGGCUGAGGAGGCCAAGACCGCCCUGCUCCAGCAGUCUGAGAACCAGAUGAAGAACCAGGAACACUUGGCCACGGAACUGGCUGAGCUGACCUCAAAGAUCUCCRUACUGGAGGACGCCAAGCAGAAAAAGGAGGAUGAGGCAACGCAGUGGCAACAGAAGGUGUGGUCUCAGCUACUGCUCUCUUCAUUCACCUCCCCCACCUUCUCAAAUGGUUUAGUCCCAUGUGUCAUUAAACUAUAGUCAAUGUUACAGUAA